ACCAAAGCUUCUCAACCCACUUUCGUCAUCGGUGCUUCCAAUUUAGAAGCCUCUCUCUUAAACUUUACCAAAGUUCCACCAACUUUUCUUGGAGCUUUUAAAUACAAAAGGAGUCAACUUCCAAUUUAAAGUCGCAAGUAAUGGAUUCAAAGGUAGACGACUUAUUGAGGCGACCUCUCUAUGUAUACGAUCUACCCGAUCAGGUCCUUAACACCCUCUCCUUAAAGCAAGACGCCGUCGACACCGAAUUACAAAGUAUAGAGAAUGAGUCAACCAAGCCAGCAUCCCAGAUAGAAGAUGCAUCUACCAACCCAUCGGUAGUAGGCUCGCAGGCGUGCUCGCUAUGCGCUCUCUCGUUUACAACCGUGCAAGAUCAACGCGGGCAUCUGAAGUCGGAUCUACACCACUAUAACCUAAAGCAAAAGCUUCGAGGGAAAAGUCCAGUUUCCGAGGUCGAAUUCGAGAAGCUAAUCGCGGACCUCGACGAAAGCCUUUCGGGUUCUGACUCUCCUGAUUCCGACGAAGACGACGAGGAUAAUAACAAAGAGAGCAGCCUCUUAACGACUCUUUUGAAGAAACAAGCCACGUUAGCAGAUAGGAAGAAUGAUGGUAAAACGGAUGACUACCAAGAAGAUGAUGAUGGAUAUUCCCGAAAGAGACAGAGGAGUAGUGGCGCACAGCCAUUAUUAUGGUUCAGCUCGCCCGUACUGCCCCAAAACAGUUAUUUUGGUGUAUACCGUUCUAUAUUCAAACUAGAAGAAUCUAGAGAUGAAAGCAAUAUCGUCGAUAUAAUUAAGAAGAAGCAACUCCAACCGAUAACGGUACCCAAACCAGGCCCGGACGGCAACUAUGCACCUGCUGUCUACAAAGGCCCACACAUCUUCCUUUGCAUGAUCGGCGGCGGUCAUUUUGCGGCGAUGGUGGUCUCACUGGCGCCGCGGCAAACGAAGCAUGGCUCGACAGGUCCCUUAAAUAGAGAGGCCACGGUUCUAGCUCAUAAGACAUUUCACAGAUACACUACAAGAAGAAAACAAGGUGGCUCGCAAUCAGCAAACGAUAACGCGAAGGGGAAUGCGCAUUCAGCCGGGUCUAGUAUCCGUCGGUACAACGAGCAGGCUCUGACAGAUGAGGUCCGACUACUCUUACAGGACUGGAAAGGCCUUUUAGACACUUCGGAGCUGCUAUUCAUUCGAGCAACGGGCGCCACGAACCGAAGAACACUCUUCGGCCCAUACGAAGACCAAGUUCUACGAGCCAAUGAUCCACGUAUACGAGGCUUCCCCUUUAGCACGCGGCGAGCAACGCAAAAUGAGCUCAUGCGGUCUUUCAUCGAGUUGACGCGAUUAAAAGUCCGCGAGAUUGAUCCGAAUCAAGAAAUCAAGACACAGGAGGAAACAUCCACAAAAACUCCCACUUCCAAGCCAGCAAAACCAGCAGCCCCAAAGUUGUCAGAAGAGGAAGAAACAGCGCUAUUACACACUUCUCAACUGCAAGCCUUCAUCCGCAGAUCUAAACUCCCCGCUCUACUAUCUUACCUGAAAAGCAACGAUGUACCCAUCAGCUUCUCCUUCCAACCCGCAGACUCACCACAGAACUACCACGCCCCCACACCCCUGCACCUGGCCGCGAACCAGAAUUCGGCGCCGCUUGUGGUAGGCUUACUCGUGAAAGGAGGUGCGGACCCCACGCUCAAGAACAAGGAAGGCAAGACGGCUUUCGAGCUCGCGGGCGAUCGAUCGACAAGAGACGCCUUCCGUGUCGCGCGCGACGAGCUCGGCGAGGGAAAGUGGGAUUGGGAGGCCGCGAGGGUACCACCGGCUCUCUCAAAAGCCGACGCAGAUAAACGCGACGAGCGAGAGCGUAAGGAAGCAGAGACAAAAGAGGCCGAGCGGCGCAAGGCCGAAGAACUUAGGCUUAAGAACGAGAGCCCUAAAAUCCCCGAUGGUAAGAGUCGGGGCAAGAGUUUGUUGGACGCCGGCGUGAAGAAGACGGCGCAGGAUAAGAGGGAGGAGGAGGCGCGCGGGCUAACCCCCGAACAAAGGAUGAGGUUGGAUCGCGAGAGGAGGGCUCGCGCGGCUGAGGAGAGGUUUCGGAGGAUGCGGGCUGGUGGCGGGGGCUAAAGUCGUGAGUAGAUUACCUGGAUCUGCAUAGGCACCCAAGUGGUGACAUAGUAGAUCGGCUUACGAAGAAUACAUAGAGGCUGGGGGCGGGAAACGGGAAGAAAGACGCGCAAUAGCAAAAGCAAAAAGUCGAGUGCCGAUCAUAUCGUGCAGGUGAUCGAUCGGGUCACUCGCAGUACCAGCGCAAUGGGGUGGGAAUCCGUAGCCGCCGAAGG